AUGACUUCGGAACAGCAACUUCCAGUUUAUUUUGACUUUGUGGUCGCGCGUUCAACUUCGAUACGAGGACAUCACGGAGAGCCGACGACUCCCUUUCGUAGUUCACGUCGGGGUAGUAUACACUCACAGAGCAUUGUCUUAGAAUAUCACUCUCAGAGGUAGCGAUUUCUGCACGUGCGAAGUAAUCCAAAUUGUCAACCUUAUAGCUGCCAUUUCGACAUGUUUCGUGAUUUCGUGUCAAGAAAUCGCACAGCCGACGUCGUACAGAAGGGCCGAGAGGAAUAUCGGUUCUUAGCCGUUUUUCUCUCAUCUUAACUUCAUCAACCGUGUCUGGUUCAGGUAAUACUUGGUCCCACUUUAUACUGCUUGCGACAGUGCGGCAUUUCGAAACUGUUGAUGACGUGAUUUUCAAGAAAGGCAAAAGUGUUGUUGCGACUUUCUUGGUUUUCGCUUCCGGAUACCACAUGCGAAAUGGACGAUCUUGAUCCACCUAUGCUUCUCAUACUUUCCUUAUGAGCAAAUGAUUCAGAAGAAAACAAAGAAACAAAUGACUUACUUGUACAGGUUUUGUUUUUUCUAAAGUAGUUUUAUGUAGGCAAUACACUUUACUUGUUGCAGUACGAGCCCGUUCAGCUUCUUCAAGAGCUAGUAAAGGUGAGACGUGAAUGAUGUCGCAGCUUGCGCGACGCUGAGUAGACAGAAAUGUUAUCUCGUUAGUUCUUUCUCCAUCCUUGUAGUCCCACUGGUCAUUUUCACUUUCCUCGCUUUGACCAAAAAAGGUUGCUCUUGAGGGCCAUAAAAUCCAACUAUCUUCCAUACCUGGUGACUAAACAUCUAAGCAAUGGCUGA